UCGACCUCGAUCGAUUUUUUAUGCUGAGCGCUGCGAAACUCGAGCGAUUUGCCCAUACACUCGCGCAUUGCUCCGGACGUACCUUUAGAAAGAGCUCCGCAUUACAACGAAGAGCGGUUGCAACCGUAGCGCGUCUACACACGCCACUGCGGCACGAUCGCACAACCAUGGCGGCCGCGCCCCCGCCCAUGACCCCGGAAAAAGCAAAACUCAUCCUCAAGGAGACGAUCACGCUCUUCAGCCAACCCGAGAACCAGAAGCGGCUGACGGACGCGCUCGCCGAGGUCGCGCAGCUGCCGCCGGAGCAGCAGCCCAUGGGCAAGAUGGCCAAGCUCAUGCCCAUCGUGACCGAACUCGCGGGCGGCAAGCUGCAGGAGUACGGCCUGCCGAACGUCAUGAUGGGGGUGAUGCAGAUCCAGGCCGUCGGCCAGCAGGACCCGGUGGUCAUGGAGGGCGUCCAGCUGCUGACGGCGGCGACGAUGGGCAACGUGCCCGACGCCGCCACGCUUCAAGCUUUUGUCGCGAAGUGCGGCUAGUUUAUAUUUAAGUCUAUUGUUUUAUCCGUA